AUGGAAGUCGCUCCUGCCUUUCUGCUCCUGCUGUGCGUCUGUCUGCGCGUUUCUCCGGCGGCUCAUUGGGAGUUUGAGGACACUAAUUUUACCUACCUCGAUGAUGCAAUCGACUACAAGGAUCCCUGUAAAGCUGCUGCCUUUCUGGGAGAUAUUGCUCUUGAUGAAGAUGACCUCCGUAUGUUCAGAGAGGCCGACAGCAGCGACGCCCCGCAGCACGCCGUCCAGACCAACCACACAGACUCAGUUAACAGCUCCACUUCCAAUGAGUCUGUCAGGAGUAGGAGAGCCGCAGACAGACGGAGUCUCCAUCGCCGGAGGAGAGCAGCCACCUCCAGACCCGAGCGAGUGUGGCCGGACGGCAUCAUCCCGUACGUGAUCAGUGGGAAUUUCAGUGGCAGCCAGCGAGCCAUUUUCCGUCAGGCCAUGCGUCACUGGGAGAAACACACUUGUGUGACAUUCACUGAGAGGACGACUGAGGAGAGCUACAUUGUUUUCACAUACCGACCUUGUGGGUGUUGCUCCUACGUGGGGAGGAGAGGCGGCGGCCCUCAGGCCAUCUCUAUAGGAAAGAACUGUGAUAAGUUUGGCAUCGUGGUGCAUGAGCUCGGCCACGUGAUCGGCUUCUGGCACGAACACACACGUCCGGACCGUGACGAGCACGUAAGCAUCAUCAGAGACAACAUCCAAGCAGGACAGGAGUAUAACUUCCUGAAGAUGGAGCCAGGCGAGGUCGACUCACUCGGGGAGGUGUACGACUUUGGCAGCAUCAUGCAUUAUGCGAGGAAUACAUUUUCCAGAGGCAUCUUCUUAGACACAAUCUUGCCCCGUUAUGAUGUCAAUGGAGUCAGGCCGCCCAUUGGACAGAGGACCAGGCUUAGCAAAGGGGACAUUGCACAAGCCCGCAAACUCUACAAGUGUGCAAGGUGUGGGGACAACCUGCAGGAAAGUGCUGGAAACUUCUCUUCUCCUGGUUUUCCCAAUGGCUACUCGGCGUAUGCUCACUGUGUCUGGAGGAUUUCCGUCACUCCUGGAGAAAAAAUUGUUCUGAAUUUCACGUCCAUGGACCUCUUCAGGAGUCACCUGUGCUGGUACGACCAUGUGGAGGUUCGAGACGGGUUCUGGAGGAAAGCCCCUCUGAAAGGCCGCUUUUGUGGAGACACACUUCCAGAUCCAAUCAUCUCCACUGACAGUCAGCUGUGGAUUGAAUUCAGAAGCAGCAGCAGCUGGGUGGGCAAAGGCUUUUCAGCAGUCUAUGAAGCCACCUGUGGGGGAGAGGUGAAGCGGGACAGCGGCCAGAUCCAGUCUCCCAAUUAUCCUGAUGACUACCAGUCCAACAAAGUGUGUGUGUGGAAAAUCACAGUAGCAGAGGGUUUCAACGUUGGCCUCUCCUUUCAGUCGUUUGAGGUUGAGAGACAUGACAGCUGUGCCUACGACUACGUGGAGGUGAGGGAUGGGAUCUCAGAGAGCAGCCCGCUGCUCGGCCGUUUCUGCGGCUAUGACAAACCCGACGACGUGAAAAGCAGCUCCAACCAGCUCUGGCUGAAGUUCGUAUCUGACGGAUCGGUCAACAAAGCUGGGUUCGCGGCCAACUUUUUUAAAGAGAUGGACGAGUGUUCCAGGCCUGACAAUGGUCACUGCGAGCAGCGCUGCAUGAACACGCUGGGCAGCUACAGAUGUGCCUGUGAUCCUGGAUAUGAGCUGGCAGCUGACAGACGCAGCUGUGAGACAGCUGCCUGCGGUGGGUUCAUUACCAAGCUGAAUGGCUCCCUCACCACCCCAGGAUGGCCCAAAGAAUACCCUCCCAACAAGAACUGCGUGUGGCAGCUGGUGGCGCCCAUUCAGUAUCGCAUCACGCUGGUGUUUGACCUGUUCGAGACCGAAGGAAACGAUGUGUGUAAGUAUGAUUACGUGGAGGUGCGCAGCGGCUUGAGUUCAGACUCAAAGCUUCAUGGGAAGUUCUGCGGAGCAGAGAAACCCGAGGUGAUCACCUCCCAACAAAACAACAUGAGGAUUGAAUUCAAGUCUGACAACACUGUCUCCAAGAGGGGCUUCAAGGCUCACUUCUUCUCUGAUAUAGACGAGUGCUCCAAAGAAAACGGGGGCUGCCAGCAUGAGUGUGUGAACACCUUCGGAAGCUACAGCUGCCAGUGCCGCAGCGGCUUCAUGCUGCACGAUAACCAGCACGACUGCAAGGAAGCGGGCUGUGAUCAUGUUGUGAACAGUGCGUCGGGCACAAUAAGCAGCCCCAACUGGCCUGACAGAUACCCCAGCAAGAAGGCCUGCACCUGGUCUCUGUCCAUGACCCCAGGCCACCGAAUCAAACUCGUUUUCAAUGAGAUUGACAUGGAGGCUCAUCUGGAGUGCGCCUACGACCACCUGGAGAUCUACGACGGGCGAGACGGGCGCGUUCCAAGUCUCGGACGCUUCUGCGGCACCAAAAAGCCGUCUCCGGUCAUCUCCAGCGGCAACAAAAUGUUCCUGCGCUUCUUCUCAGACAACUCAGUGCAGAAGAGAGGCUUUGAGGCUUCAUACGGAGCAGAAUGUGGAGGAAGCCUUAAAGCCGAGGUCAAGACAAAAGAUCUUUACUCUCAUGCCCAGUUUGGAGAUAACAACUACCCCAGCGGCUCCGACUGCCUGUGGGUGGUCUCUGCUGAGAAGGGCUACGGAGUGGAGAUCAUCUUCCAAGUGUUUGAGAUCGAGGAGGAGGCAGACUGCGGAUACGAUUACGUGGAGCUAUACGACGGGGCUGACAUCAAGUCUCCGAGGCUGGGACGAUACUGCGGAUCUGGGACCCCGGAGGAGGUCUAUUCAGCCGGAGACGCCGUCGUCUUAAAGUUUCACUCAGACGACAGCAUCAAUAAAAAAGGCUUUCAUGUACGCUACACGAGCACAAAGUUCCAGGACACGUUACACACAAGCAAGUGACUCUCCAAAACUACCCCGAAAACCUAAAUGGAGACUUCACCCCUAACAUUUGGUGGGACACACCCAUUUCCAGACGAGGAGCGAAUGCAUGGAUUGACACCACAAAACACAGACCCGCAUACUUUACAUUCACAUCCCUUAGAAAGGGUGAAGCCAUGCAGAGAAAUCAUUAAUCCCCCUCACUGUAGAGGUGUAUAGGAUGAAAGGACUAGCUUGCAGUUAUUACUUCGAGUAAAUUCGGCCUGUAAUGAGCUGAUUGCAUCAUAGCACUGUUUUAAGAUAUAAACUGUAUAUAUUGUGAUAUAGUUUGCCUUGUUUUUUUAAUCAUAUCAACUGUGCCACUUUUUACUGUCUGAGCUUGAGCGUUAGAUCACUUCUAAUGAAUGUGAUGCACUUUGUA